AUGAAUCCUGCUACGAGCUACCCUAUGGCUUCUCUAUACGUAGGUGAUCUUCACCCCGACGUGACUGAAGCUAUGUUGUUUGAGAAGUUUUCAACAUGCGGCCCUGUGCUGUCUAUUCGGGUCUGCAGGGAUAUGAUAACAAGACGGUCUCUGGGUUAUGCUUAUGUGAACUUUCAACAACCGCACGAUGCUGAACGUGCAAUGGAUACCAUGAACUUUGACACCAUCAAGGGUCGUCCAAUUAGAAUCAUGUGGUCCCAGCGCGAUCCAUCGCUGCGCAAGUCUGGUGUUGGCAAUGUUUUCAUCAAGAACCUGGAUAAGAGCAUUGACAAUAAGGCUCUCUACGACACCUUCUCAGCUUUUGGCAACAUCCUGUCUUGUAAGAUUGCCUGUGAUGAGCAUGGUUCCAAGGGCUAUGGAUUUGUGCACUUUGAGACCGAGGAAGCUGCCAGACAAGCCAUAGAAAAGGUCAAUGGCAUGUUGCUCAACGGCAAGAAAGUGUACGUCGGCCGCUUCAUUCCCCGCAAGGAGAGGAUCAUGCUGAUGGGGGACAAGCACAGGAAGUUCAACAACGUCUACAUCAAGAAUUUUGGUGAGGAGCUGGACGACGAUCACCUGAGGGAGCUGUUUGAGCCGUACGGGAAGAUUAUCAGUGCAAAGGUGAUGUAUGAUGGAAAUGGCAAGUCUCGUGGCUUUGGUUUUGUCAGCUUUGAGGAGCCAGAAGCUGCCGAGAGGGCUGUGACCAUGUUGAAUGGAACAGAGUUGGGAGGCAAGCAGCUAUACGUUGGUCGUGCCCAGAAGAAGGCUGAACGGCAGGCAGAGCUCAAAGACAAAGGGGUCAACCUCUAUGUGAAAAACUUGGACGAUGGCGUGGAUGAUGAAAGGUUGCGCAAGGAGUUCUCCCAGUUUGGCACCAUCACAAGUGCAAAGGUGAUGGGAGACAGUGGCAGGUCCAGAGGUUUUGGGUUCGUAUGCUUCAGCUCCCCAGAGGAGGCCACCAAGGCUGUGACCGAGAUGAAUGGCCGCAUCAUUGUGGCCAAGCCUCUGUAUGUGGCGCUGGCUCAGCGAAAGGAGGACCGCCGUGCACAUCUGGCUAGCCAGCACAUCCAGAGACUGGCAUCCAUGCGCCAACAGAACGUCCCUUACAAUCCAAUAUUCAAUGCUGGAGCGGCCGGGUACUUCGUGCCCACAAUGCCUCAAGCUCAACGAGGCUACUUCACUCCGUCAGCUGUACCCUCCAUGCGGCAAGCACGCACUCCGUGGGCUCCUGGCAUAAGACCUAAUCAGGCUCCAGGCUUUCAAGCCAUGUCUAACCAGAUACGUGCCCGACCUUCUACUGCCCAAGCUCAGAUGAGGCCAACAACUGUCAACUCACGUCCAAUCACUGGUCAGCCCAUUGCUGCGGCAGCUUCCAGGGGUGUGGUGAUACCUGGGAUGACUCACCCACAGAGCGCUGCUGUGAUAGCUCAAGCGGGGGCUCGUCCGGCUGCUUAUCCAGCUGGUCCUCGACAAAUGCCUGGGCAGCCUGGUCGUCCACUGCCACAGCCCCAGCAGUCUGUGGUGAUCCCAGGACAGGACCCCCUGACUGCCAGUAUGCUGGCCGCAGCUCCGCCACAAGAGCAGAAGCAGAUGCUGGGGGAGAGGCUGUUCCCGCUGAUCCAGCGUAUGUAUGCAGAGCUGGCCGGCAAGAUCACCGGCAUGCUGCUGGAGAUAGACAACUCGGAACUGCUGCACAUGCUAGAGUCUCACGAGUCCCUCAAGCUGAAGGUGGAAGAAGCCGUUGCAGUGCUUCAGGCUCACCAGGCUAAGGAACAGGCAGCUGUCAAAAAAGAGUAG